AUGGAUAACAACAGUGGCACUCUUUUAGCUGUGUGGGGAGCAAGGCCCGCCCUUGCUAGCCAUCUUCAGACUGGCCUCACAGAUCCGAUGGCUCACAUGGUAGCUGCGAUGCAAAAGGAGAUGGAGAUCAUUAAGAAACAUUACUUGGUUAGCACUCAAGCUCAGGAAUCGAAUAGCAGCGAUAAUAAUAACCUCUUUGAACAUCUCAUCCACAGCCACCUCCGGAGUAGCCGCUAUCCUAUAUUCCUGGUAGCAUAA